UUGAUGAUGCUGGACGGGUUUUUAUCGUGCAGAGCCAUACAACCACGUUUACCACACUCUAUUCACGAAGAUGGAUGGAAACUAGAAAUACAACAUUUGCCUGUGGUCAAAUUGGAACUAGGUGCUAACUUAGACGCAGAUAAAAUGAUAGAAGGUUCUGAUGUGUAUUUAGAUUGUAUGGUCCGAGCAAACCCGUGGCACAGUCAUGUGUAUUUCACUCAUAAUGGUGCAAUAAUAAAACCCGGUCCAGGAGUUGUUUUAGCCAAUCAAAGCCUAGUUCUUCAGCGUAUGUCAAGAAAAGCCACGGGCGGUUAUGUUUGUGUCGCAAGAAAUUCGCUUGGAGAAGGUUACAGUGACCCAUUGGUUUUAGAAGUGAAAUAUCCUCCUACAUGUAAGUCUCAUCAAGCCACUAUCAUCAGAGCAGCUCGUGGUGAGGUCGUCCAUAUUAUGUGUGAAAUUGACGCCAAUUCCAUGGAACCGAUGACAUAUCAAUGGUGGUUUAAUAGCAGUACACAAACUAAAUUAGAACUCAAUGCGUUUUCAACAAAUUCACAGAAUAAUCUUGGUAGAUAUUUGUAUACAGUUAACACUUCAUCUGACUACGGCUGGGUUCAAUGCACUGGUACGAAUUCUGUAGGAAGACAGAACACUCCUUGCCUGUUUCACAUACUACCCGCUGAAAAACCAUCAUCGGUGAAAAACUGUGAAAUCACAAACAUGACGUAUAACUCUCUAACGCUUGGAUGUUCACGAGGACACGACGGAGGCAUGAAACAAUCGUUUCUAUUACAAGUAUAUGACAUAUCAACUGGUAUUUUACUUCGUAAUAUAACAAGCGAGGAACCUCAAUUCAUAGUGUGGGGUCUAUCGGGAAGUACAGCAGUUGGUAUAUCCGUUAGAGCCUUCAAUAAGAAAGGCUUAAGCGAGCCCUUUACGCUUACUUCAAACUUAUUAACACAUCCACAACGACAUACAGCCAACGUCCCGGUCCGUGUAUCAAUAUCUGCUGUCAUUUUCUGUUGGAAAUACUGUAAUAAAGAUGACAAAAAUGAUAAGACAAAUCGAAAACAGGAUGAGAUAUCAAAUAUACCAUUAACCGGUACUAACGAGUGUGAGAGCGUCGAUAGCUUGGAUAAAAACCCAGACAUAAUACCGAUCGAGCGGCUUGCUGCCAGUUGA